AUGAUUUCUGAUCUUCCCCUUGAUUUGGAAUCGGAAAUACUCUCUAGGGUUCCGUCCAAGUCUCUAGCAAAAUUGAAAACUACAUGCAAACGAUGGUAUGCUUUAUUCAAAGAUCCAAAAUUUGUGAAGAAAAACUUGAGUAAGGCAGUAAAGGAGGUGUUGUUACUGGAUUUUAAGGUUUAUUCAGUAGCCAUCAAUCUCCAUGGAAUCAACAACAUUGUAGAUCCAUCCAUGGAGAUUACAGGCAAACUUAGCCGUCUAGAGGAUUCAAAAGCUUUAGAAAUAUAUGAAAUCUUUCACUGCGACGGUUUAAUAUUAUGCACCAUGGGGGAAAACAUAAGUCAUGUGGUUUGGAACCCAUGUACCUGUGAAACCAGGAUGAUUAAACCCACAAAUCUUGACAGGAAGGAUUGUGCCUAUUUUCUUGGAUACGGAAACAAUAACUCUUCUUGUUAUAACUACAAAAUCUUGAGAAUUUAUAGUAAAAUCACAGGCCAAAUAGGAUAUUUUGAGUUUGAAAUCUAUGAUUUGAUCUCUGAUUCAUGGAGAGUUCUUAAUGAUGUAUAUCAUUGGUUCACAUAUUUUUUGUAUGCCGUGUCGUUGAAAGGAAAUACGUACUGGAUUGUUUCAGACCUAGAUGCUGGCCAUGGUGUAGUCCUACUCAGUUUUGAUUUUACAACAGAGAGAUUUGUGUCUUUCCCUCUUCCGUAUCCUAGUAGAAAUAUAGAAGAGGGUCUAUCGGUUGUUGGAGAAGAACAACUCGCGGUGUUAUACCAGAUUACUAAUACACUCUCAUUCUCGUCAGAGUCAGAGAUAGAGGUAUGGUUGACCAAUAAAAUUGAUGAGGCCAAAGAGGUGUCUUGGAGCAAAUUCGUAGUGGAUUUUCAUAAGGGUAUACCACCAAGUGUUUUGGGGAUGACUUUCUUGCUGGAUGAGGAGAAUAAAGUGGUAGUCUGUUGUCGUAAAGACAUUGAACAUGAAAGGUCCCUUUCCAGCGUUUACAUUGUUGGAGAGGAUUUUCAUAAACAAGUUUAUAAAGAGAUUGCAAAACGAUCUUCGUUUAGAGUACUCCCACGUAUCCUCAGUUACGUUCCAAGUUUGGUUCGCAUCCCAAAGGCAAAAGAAUAA